GCGGAGCGGAGAGCGAGCGAGCGAGAGAACCACGCCUUGCCUCCCCGACUCCUCCCUCAUAGACACAAACGCCGCAAGGGAACAAAGAGCCACAGCGAGCAUUUCCGUUUUGAUUCGAUUGCGAUUCUGAGAGAGAAGCGAGUUAGAUCGAAGUAGGCAAGAAGACGGCGCUCCUCCGAUUCAUCGCCGUAAUAGGUCGCACACUCACCGCCGGCCCGCAGCCUAAUCCAAUCUGCCACGACGUGGUCGGAUUCCUCCCCUGCCGUAAGGUUUUUGUUCCGCUCUCAUCAAUCUGAACGGCCUUUUAGGGUUCGGAGGUCUCCCCAGUUCUUCCCGUAAUCUUGGAGGAGAGGGUGGAAUUUCCCUCUUUUGUUUCCUUACCCUUGUCCCCUUUUUGUUCUCAUUUCCAUUUUUGGCCUAGGUUUGCCUUGCUUGAUUUACCUGCAGUUACCGUUUUUUGGAGUUUGACCUUGUUGUUAUUCUUCUUUGAUGGUUUCUCGGCGGUGAUCUUUCUCUGAUUUUAUCGGCCAUUGCACCAUCCUCCCAUGGUUGUUUGAGAUAUUUGAAUCCUGCUCCUCUUGAGAGAAGUGUGUCCCUGGACGGGCUUUGUAUGCGGAGUCGGUGGAUUUGGGAGAUUACCUUUCCUACAAUGCUAAUUUAGUGCCCAUGGCGAUGGCGUUUUGAAAAAAAAAAUUACAGCUGUCCUCAUCCAAGUACUACGGUUGAAUUCUUCUGGUAGGAUAUUUAGUAUAGGAAAUAGAUUCGUUGAAUAAAUUUGUUAUAGAUUGUCCAGAGGUAGAGAGCAUUAGCUGUAUAUAGAUAAUGAUCUAUACUCCAAAUGGAUAGAAGUGAGCCUGCAUUGGUUCCACAAUGGUAUAAGUUAGCAAAUGGGAGCAAUUCCAGCAAUACCCUGCACAUCAGCACUUCCAAACGUUCUGGUAAUGAAAAUGGCAUGGAGUGUGGCUCAAGGAGUAGAUUACUCAGUCACCACGAUAAGAAUUUCAGGAGGAGUUUAAGCUCUAAUGGGUCUAUUGUUCGGGAUAGAGGUAGCUCUGCCAAACUGCAGGAUUACAGUAGUUUCCGUAGGUCUCGUGACAAAAACCAAGAGAGGGAUUUUGAUACCUGUGAUAGGCAAAGUAGGCCAUCGUUGGUUGAGAAUGGAAUUGGCUAUCACGACCCAUUUCUAAGAGUUAGGGCUGAAAAAGAUGCUUUGAGACAUUCCCAAUCUACGCUAGCAGGAAGACAACUUGACUCCUGUCUUAAACGACCUGUAAAUAGUGGGAAUAACAUUGGUUCUGUGGGAAGUGUAAUUAGAAGCAUUGACAGAAAAUUUGAGAAGGAUUUUCCAUCCCUUCAAGCUGAAGGCAGGCAAAACUUCUCAGAUUCUAUUGAUGUAUUGUCUCCUUGUCUUAAGACUGCUGUCCAAAGUCUUCCUGUUGCAACUGCCAUCAUCAAUGGAACUUCAGCUUUAGCUGAAAUACCUGUACAAGUGGAAACUGAUGGAAGUUUGCUUUCAUCUGCAACUGGAAACACAAUGGCGGAGGCACUGGCACAAAGACCUUCCCUAAUUGAUAACGGUCGCCAGUCCUCUGUUGACACUCAGAGGAUUGAAGAACUUGUUCUAAAAAAAUUCAAGCAGCUGGUACCUGUGACUCCUGUACUGCCUAAAGUCUUGACUUGCAACUUGGCAGAAAAGGCCAAAACAAAAAGUGCAAAGGGUGGUGUAGAUUUUAGUUCUUUUGCAAAGGGUGGCCAGCAGAUAAACCUUGCUGGGCGAACACCAGUAAGAUCUGAUAUUGCAAAGGCAUAUCAGGUGGGAAACUUUCAAGUUCUUAACCGUGAGAAGAACAUCAUAUCACCUACUGCUGAAGACAGUUCGAGUGUUCGCAAAGCCAGUGACCAACUUGGACUUGUUCCAUCUACUGCAAGCGUUGCUUCAAAGACCCAAUCUGACCAAAAGAAUAAAGGUGAGGACAAAAAUGGUGUGUUAAAGCGAGUUGUAUCCGUUGGAGAAAGAAAACUUCUUUCUCACACCCAGAAUAGGAAUGAUUUCUUCAAUUUAUUGAGGAAGAAAUCAUUAAAUCCUUCAGGUUCUAUUCGGGAGCCAGGCUCCCAUGGACCACCGGAGGACCUGCAAAAUGCUUCCUCAGUCAGUGUACAGAACUGCCAACCUGGCUUGGAUUUUUCAGCAGAAAAUAUAAAUCUUAGUACUGAUGAGCCUGAUAGACUAUAUGUUGACAAUAAAGAAGCUAACUCAUAUUUAGACGCUGUUCCUGAUCCGGAAGAAGAAGCUUUCUUACGAUCACUUGGGUGGGAUAAAAAUGCUGGUGAAGAAGCUCUGACACAGGAGGAGAUUGAUGCUUUCCUCAAAAAGUACGAAACGCAAACACGGCGACCACUGAAGUCCAGCUAGAUUUCGUAUGAGAUCUUCCCAAAUGUGAUAUUUAGAGAACAUACAAUAUGAGUUGUUUGAGUAGCAGUUGGCGAGGAUUAAUCUCUUUUUUUUUUUUUUUUCUUUUCACUAAGUUUUAGAUAAAUGAUGUCUUCCUUUUGUUAUUGAAUUUGUUUUGCGGUUCUCUUCAUUUAGUAUAAUUUUACAAGAAUACAGUUUACAUUGAGUAGGCUUUUGAUCCGUGUAGAUAAAAAGAUUUUAUAAAUAUAAGAAAGUCUACAGGGAAAAAUCUUCUGAAGAA